AUGGCGGACAUGGCGGGCCUUUUGCCCACUAUAAAAUGCUCUAAUUGCAAUGCUGAAGUUGAGAUAUCUGCGAUGGCGGAGCAUGUCUGUGUUCAGGUGCCACAGGCUUCGCCUGUCUCGCCGCCUCCAGAUCCUGAGGAUCCAAUUCCCUACGCGCCCCGGUCUCCAGAUGCUGGACCUGUGCAGGGGACUGCUUCACCGAAAGCCUCGAGAUCAGGUUUACCCCGAAUUGACCCUUCAGUAGCGAACCGGCCUUUCUUACGCCCGGAUCCACUUACUCCCGCCAGCAGCAGUUCAAGAUACAGUCCAUUCUCAGCGGGAAAUAAAUCACCCUUGCGCAGGCCAGAACGAACCGUGACCUCUCCGCUGCCGAGACCUCCUUCGCCGGAAGUCCUCAAUCUGGAUUGCGCAUUUCCGCCCUUUCCACUACCUUCCAAGUCUAGAACUCUACCGCAGCCGAAGAUGGCAUCGCCUGUUGCGUCUAAACAAGAGACAAACUCAAGUGAUAGAGGGGAAGGCUCUGUUGGCACCAGAGGCAGCUCUCAGACGUUUUCAUCGACUCCUGGUGAUCCAAUCUCUCGGCCAUCGACUUCAAAUUCCAGUAGACGUCCUUCCGUGAGCAGUGUUUCACGGGGAGCGCGCGGCUUUAUGGAUGAUGAAGCGCCUCCAAUGCCCUCUGGUCUUCCGACUGGCUUCACAUAUGAAUCUCCAUCCGUCCCCGGAAACGAGCAGAAACGAGCAGGAUAUGGCGGUCCAGAUUCGGAGAUCACCGAAGAGCCUCAAAGCUACGAUAAUGAGUAUAGAAGUAGUUCCGCGGGCCCAUCUCUGGCACUGCACCGAACCAGAACCUUGCCCGUUACCCAGGACGGAAGAUACAAUUCCGAUUCACUUAACGAACUUCCCCAGAAACCAUCUGGAGCAUCUGAUGCAUCCCAGCUAAGACGGCCGACCAUCUCCGAGAGAGAUGUGCUUCCUAUCCCAGAAAAUAAGGAAUACCGAUCUUUUGGUUCCUAUGCGACUUCAUCGACUGGCUCGUCGCCUUCGGAAACUACAAGUCAAAGCUCCUUCUCCAGCGCGCCGUCGGUAUCCUCUAGAUCAUCGAGACGGAAGCCUUCUGAUCUCAGCAAGCUGGACAUGGUUCUCAAAGAACUACAGCCUUUCCAAGAGAACAAGCAAGAAGCUUCCUACAAUGUUGAUACAACUGUCCUCAGUGAGGAUUCAGUCCUGGCGCCUCCCAAGAUUGGCGAAAGCUUCUAUAUGCCUGACUCCCCCACGGAUCCUGCUAUGGAGCAAGGUGGAUUGUCUUUUAUGUCCAAUAAUCUCCAUAAGCAUGACAAUGCUCCUGCAGUUCCCCGUCCAUCGAUGACGAGGUCAGCCACAGAGCCUCUGGCACGACGACCAGUGGCACCAAGGAAGCGUUGUCGUGGAUGUGACCAGAUCAUUACAGGGAAAUCUGUGUCCUCUGCUGAUGGAAGACUUACCGGUCGGUAUCACAAGACAUGUUUUGUCUGUUAUACCUGUCGUGCACCAUUCCAAACAGCCGACUUUUACGUCCUAGACGACCACCCAUAUUGCGCUCAGCACUAUCAUGAGUUGAAUGGCUCUUUGUGUGCGACCUGCAAUACUGGGAUCGAGGGACAAUAUCUAGAAACUAACGAAAGAGCGGGUAGGGGCUCAAGUGACCGCCCCAAGUUCCAUCCUGAUUGCCUGAAGUGUCGGACAUGUCGAAUUGUCCUCAGAGGAGAAUACUUUGAAUGGAACGGCCACGUUUAUUGUGAGCGCGAUGCUAGGAGAGCCGCAGCAUCUACACCUUUACCGGGACGCAGACGACCAACAAUGCCAUCGUCUCCUCUUGCGCAGUCUUAUGGCCCUCCCCCUGGCCCUUCGUCCAGAGGCCCACGGCUUCGCCCUGAGCCGAGGGACUAUCUAGGAGCACCUGGUGGUGCCCGUCGAUUCCCCGAACGAAGGACAACUAAAUUGAUGGUAAUAUGA